GCAUUCAAUGAUGAAGGCAGAAAAACUGAAAGUUCUCAACCUCACAAGUUGCCAUUCCUUAAAAAGGACUCCUUACCUCUCAGCUUUUAAAAGAUUAGAGAUUUUGAUCCUUAGAGAUUGCAAUGAAUUGGAGCAAAUUGAUAAUUGUAUUGGAGACAUGGAGAAUCUCAUUUCCCUGGACUUGAGUGGAUGUUCUAGUCUUAAGAAGCUCCCGCUUCAAAUGGCUAAACUAGAACAAUUGAAGGAACUUCUUCUAGAUGAAACUACGAUACAAGAAAUACCUCCCUUCACCAGUUCUCUAAAGAAGCUAGAGAUGCUUAAUGCCAGGGACUACAAAUCAUUAAUUGGAUUUCCGGACUCAGUAAGUAGUUUGGUGAAUUUGUCGACCCUUGUCUUAUCAGGUUGUGUUGAGCUUGCAACACUUCCACACAGCAUUCGGUUCCUUGAGAAUUUGCAGUGCUUGUCACUGAGAAGCUGCCAACAAUUGAGAGAGAUUCCUAGCUGGAUUGGCAAUUUGAAAUUGUUGACUCAAUUGGACUUGAGUGGAUGUUCGCGUAUUCAGCAGCUACCGCCUCAAAUUGGUGAACUAAAACAAUUGAAGGAACUUCUUAUAGAUGAAAUUGGAAUACAAGAAAUUCCUUCCUUCAUCAGUUCUCUAGAGAAGCUAGAGACAUGGAGUGCCAAUAAUCGCAAAUUAACUCUUUAAGCUGUUUAGUGAAUUUGUCGACCCUUGUCUUAUCAGGCUGUGUUGAGUUUCCAGAUUUCUUGAUAGGAUUGGGUUUCUUGUGAAUUGCUUAUCAUUGGGAUGCUGCGAUGGGUUGAGAGAGAUCCCAACUCAAUUGGGAAGUUGGAAUUGUUGACUCAGCUCGACUUAUAUCGGACAAGGAUCACGAAAUUGCUUGAAGGAAGUUCUGGAUCUCGGUAACAAUAGCGUAGAAAAUCUGCCAGAUGGUAUUGGAAGGUUGAAAAAGCUUUGAGAGUUAUAUGCAUGAUGGCGCUCGAAUUUGGGAGGGGAAUACCAAGCAUACGUAAUCUUUCUUCUUUUAAGUCUAGUGCAUUUUGAUUUAAUGCCCAAUAAUUUGGAAUUCUUGUGGAUUUUUAUUCAAAUGAGUGAUUUGUGAUUUAGGUU